CCAUGCGCGUGCGCAGCCUCGAGCACGGAUGAGCUGAGUUGGAGGAUCAUGGCGGAGCGCAGGAGGCACAAGAAGCGGAUCCAGGAGGUGAGCGAGCCCACCAAGGAGGAGAAGGCGGUGGCCAAGUACCUUCGGUUUAACUGCCCCACCAAGUCGACAAACAUGAUGGGCCACCGAGUCGACUACUUCAUUGCCUCCAAGGCUGUGGACUGUCUGCUGGACUCCAAGUGGGCCAAAGCCAAGAAGGGAGAGGAGGCUCUGUUCACCACCAGGGAGUCAGCAGUGGAUUACUGCAAUAGGCUUCUAAAGAAACAGUUCUUCCACCGAGCUCUCAAGGUGAUGAAGAAAAAAACAGAGAAGGACGCCAAGAAAGAAAAGGAGAAGGAAAAGCCCAAGAGUGACAGCAGCAAAGAAGAGGAGAAAAAAGGGAAGAAAGAGAAAGAGAAGAAGAAAGAACCCGAGGCAGUUGAAACUAAGAAAGAGAAAAGUGAUGACAGUCCUGGGACCCCCAAAAAGAAGAAAGAGGUGAAGAAGAAGUUUAAAUUGGAGCCUCACGAGGAUCAGCUGUUCCUGGAUGGAAAUGAGGUGUACGUGUGGAUUUAUGAUCCCGUCCACUUCAAGACGUUUGCGAUGGGUCUGAUUCUCGUUAUUGCGGUGAUAGCGGCCACACUGUUUCCGUUGUGGCCAGCUGAAAUGCGUGUUGGAGUGUAUUAUCUAAGUGUUGCAGCUGGCUGCUUUGUGGCCAGCAUCCUGCUUCUAGCUGUCGCUCGCUGCAUUCUCUUCCUCAUUAUCUGGCUGGUGACUGGCGGGCGCCAUCACUUCUGGUUCCUGCCCAACCUGACAGCAGACGUUGGUUUCAUCGACUCGUUCAGGCCGCUCUACACCCAUGAAUACAAGGGACCUCGAGGCAGCGAGAAGAAGGGCACAGACAAGUCAGACGAGAAGGACGGCGGCACUUCCACCAAGGCUCAGAAGUCAGACAGCGACGAGAAGUCGGACAGCGAAAAGAAGGACGGCUACGAGGAAGAGGAGGAGGAUGAAGAGGAGAGUAAAGAGGUAGGGCGGGAGGAGAGUAAGGAAGCGGAGGAGGGAACAGAGGAACGUCAGUCAGACACAGACAGCGACCGCCGAGAGGAUGAAGGCUCACAGCACAGCAACGGAAACGACUUUGAGAUGAUCACCAGGGAGGAGCUGGAGCAGCACACGGAGGAAGAGGAAGAUGAAGAGACACAAGAGAGGAAAGAAGGGUUUGGGAGUGAGACUAAACCUCAGACUGCUCAAACAUAAACUUCUUCCAAUCCCAUCACUCUCUACUUCUCUCUGUCCUUCCCUCCCUCCCUGCUGUGAUCCCAGGACCUGCUGGUCCGGCCUCUCUGAGCCCGCUGAGGCCGCAGAGAGGCUCCAUCUCUUGUUGUUGAGAUCUUCCACUAAACAGUACCAGGAUAGACGCAACACUGAAAAGUUAACGGCUACAACAAUGGGGAAAGAAUGUUUAAAAAGAAGCCUUACGGUGGAUCCGUUUCCUCCCACCCAAAUGUUAUUUAUGUGUAAAUGAAACUGCCACCGGACACAUUUGCCUGAGGAAUCCAUCAGACCAGACCUCCUCCACUUUUUUCUUUUUCUUUAUGUCAGUUCAAACCAAUAUCUCUUAUUUAUAUCCCAUCAAUGGAUUCAUUUGGAUGUUUUGUAUGUGAGGUCAGAUCUAGAGCCUAGGUAUGAGUUUAAAGAACGAUGGUGUUAAACUGACCAGUAAAUAAAACACGCUCUGUUUUUUGGCCACCUUUUUGUCAUAGGAGCUCUGUAUUGUCGGUAUAAUCCACGGUAGCUCUGGAGAAAGCCAGGAAGCCACUGUUCUCUCACAUUUUGUGGUAAUUUAGCAAGCCAGCUGUGCCAGGUGCGGCGAGUCUGAUAGCUUUCUCAGGCAGCAAAAUGACCAGCGGGUCAGCUUUGAAACCUGAACCUCACUAGAUGGACCAAAACCUGUAGUUUACUCAAAGGAAAAAAAUAAACAAAUCAACUAUAAUGUGGCUGGAUGGAGCUUCUGGACAGCAGAGCGUUCAGCUCUUUGAGGUACUUGCCAUCUUCAGUUUUGGGGGUUUUUUUGGGGUUUUUUUUAACAGCUGAUCAUAGUGCGAUCCUGUACACACUGUGUGAAGUACUUCUAGUUCAUGUUUAAUAAUGUGGGACUCAUCUUUAACAGUUAGUGUGAGCAACUGGGAUGCAGCGGGCCUACUUCACUGAAAACAAAAAAAUUGCGACAUUUGCUGUACAACUAAAGCAAGGAGAGGUAGAGUCGGCUCAUUCAUUUGCAAACAGAACCAGAUAAUAAUGUUACGCAAACUCUAGUGCCAAACACAGCUCACGACGACGCACGCUUUAAGACGGAGAGCUGAGCGCCAGGCGCAUUCGGGUCAAUUCGUUUUGUUACUGCCGUGUCAAACUCAACACAACUUUCGCAGAGAAAAAGCACAGCACGGUUGUCGUUAGUGUGCAGCUAAACAAAGACUUGUUGGUCUCAAUGAAACCGUUUAAAGGCAUUUGCACUAGACUCUCAACCAUGUCGGUCCCCGUCUCGUCUCGCACAAGCCGCCACACAACAGUUGGCGGGCGUCGCAUUGUGAAUCCAGCUGGCGGCUGUGGUCCCGCUAACCGUGGUCCAAGCUGUUCCUUCACGUUAUCUUCUGGCUAGAAAUGUCUUAGAUGCUGUUUUUAGUCAUAGCGAGGAUUCUAUUUCGGAAUAUAAAAUAGAAAUGUAUCAUUUAUAAAUGGAUUCUAUUGAUAUAUCAGAUAUAUGCAUUUACUCAGUCUAAGAAUCAAAGUUUGCCCCUGCUUUUCUUUAGGAGGUGUAACUUUAAUCCCCAGAGUAUCUAUUUUUGUUUUUAUAUGAUCAUAAAGUGUACUCAUUAUUUAAAGGUAACAACAGUGGGAGUCUAUUAGAUAUCAGCAUUUUUAUCUGUCUUUUUUUUUUUUUUUUUUUAAAUACAUUUGCCACAAAACUGUUGAGCGUGUGACACGGCGGGUUAGUUGUGUGGUGCCAUGUGUCUCACAAACAGUGGUCAGUCAUUAACUUGAGGUGGUUUGCGUAACACUAACAGUGACCUGCCGGUUCCCCACACGCUCCGAUGAAGUAAUAUUUUAAAAUAAUCCACACAGCUUUCUCUACAACUCUUUUAGUUUCUCCUCUAGCCUUUGUAGUUUGUUGCUUUGUCUGCUGUACUUCCAUUUAGCUCUCUAAUGACCACGAUGUCGUCUUGUUUAUGUUUUUUUUUCUUGACCAGAAGGGGUAGUGUCUUUUUUUUUUCCCUUCCUGAGUUGCCAGUGUGUCAGUGGCUGUUCUCUGAAUAUUUCACAAAAGAGAGAGCAGGGGAAAAAAAAGAUUCUCCCAGUUGUUCUUGACUGUUGCACAGUAUCGGUCUGUUGUAUAUUGUAGUAUUACUCUAUGCUGCUGCUGCUUCUCAUCAUACAUUUCCGGGAGAAAUAAUGAAAGUGGAAAAAAAAAAACUGUAAAACCUCCAUGUUUUAUCUGUGGUCAAAACAAAAAAAUGUGUCUUUUGAUCACCUAGUUGUCCACAUUUGAAUUGAUAUCAUUCUCAAGACUGUCUCCUGCAAUAUUGGAGUAUAAUUUAAUAAAAUUGGAUGUCUGGAAAUAUAUCUGUAUCUUAUCAUUGCAAUAAAAAUAUAGAAAGCACAA